AUGGCUGGUAUAGAUCACUUGACACUUUCAUUUUACUCACCCAACCUUUUGUACACCAUCCCAGUCGCCUGCUACCCAACCGCCAACAAAACAAACGAAUCCGCAAUCCCUCACAACCACACCUGCGCUAUCCCAACUGAUCCAAGCGUCACCCUCGAGCACCACUUCCUUGUGCGUGCAGACGAUUUCAGCCGCGAUUAG